AUGAAAAAUUAUUUUAAGUUGAUUUUGAAAGGCGGUUGUUUAGUUUUGGUUUAUGAUAUUACAGAUAGAAAUUCUUUUGAAGAAAUGAUUAAAUAUUAUUUUGAAUCUAUGAAAAUAAAGGAUAGGAAAUUUACUUACCUUCUGCUUGGAAAUAAGUUAGAUUAACCUUUUAAUGGACAAGUUAGCUUUAGUGAAGGAAAAUCUUUUUCAGAUUCUUAUGGAAUUUUGUUUUUUGAAGUAUCAUCACUAUAUAAAUUAAAUAUAGAUGAAGCAUAUAACUAGCUUAUAGAAGAAACCAUUUAAAGAAUUUUUGAAACUUUUUCGUAUUAAAAAAAAUGA